AUGGUGGAGAUAGAUUAUAUGCUCGAUCCUGGAUGGCCAUAUCUGAGGCAAGCAGAGGAUCUCCAGUUACAGUUACUGCUUGUUACAUUUUUGUUAUUAAAAAAAAGUUCUUUUUUCAAGGAACAAGCUGCUCGCCGAUUCGACAACAAAACUCACACAUGGGUGGCGGAUCCAAAAGAGGGUUUUGUGAUUGCUGCAAUCGCUGUUCAAGAAGGCAACAAUUACACGCUUACAAUGCCUGACGGAAGUUCGAAGAAAAUCAACAAAGAAGAAUGUCAAGAAAUUAAUCCGGCCAAGCUAGAGAAAACCGAAGACAUGUCGAAUUUGACGUUUCUCAACGAGGCCUCCGUAUUGCACAAUCUUCGCCAACGUUACUAUUCUAUGAUGAUCUAUACCUACUCGGGCUUAUUCUGUGUGUUCAUCAAUCCGUACAAACUUCUACCAAUCUAUACUGAUACGGUGGCUGCUAUGUAUGUGAAUAAACGGCGAGCAGAAAUGCCACCUCAUCUGUUCGCCAUCUCCGACGAAGCAUACAGGAAUAUGAUAACUGCACGACGUAUAAUCCGAGCAUUCUUUCAGGAAGCCUCACUGGAAAAUCAGGUGGUGCAAGCAAAUCCUGCCAUUGAAGCCUUUGGCAACGGAGCCACAGUGAGGAACUACAACUCGUCAAGGUAUGGUAAAUUCGUCCGAAUUCACUUCGAUAAAAGAGGAAAACUAGUUGGAGGAGACAUUGAACACUAUCUUCUCGAAAAAUCUCGCGUAAUCAGGCAAGCACCGGGUGAACGAUCUUAUCACAUAUUUUACCAGAUCUUCACACAAAAGAAGCUUCGCGAUCGCUUCCAACUCGGUGAUGACAUUCGUCAGUUCAGUUUCGUCUCGCAAGCGGAAAUCACUGUUCCCGGCAUGAACGACGAAGAGGAAUUCCGGAUCACCGACAAUGCUUUCGAUGUGAUGCACUUCACGGAUAAAGAGAAAAGCGAUCUGUACAAGGCAUGUGCGACCAUCCUGCAUAUGUCACGCUUCACUUUCCGUCAAAAGCCUCGUGAAGAACAGGCGGAAGUCGACAGCAUGGACAGUCCCAUGAAAGCAGCCAAUUUGUUUGGUAUUGACGCCGAUCAAUUUAUCUCCGCACUAGUACGGCCGAAAAUCAAAGUUGGUACAGAAUGGGUUCACAAAGGACAGAACAAGCAACAGGUUGACUGGGCCGUUGGCACGUUGGCAAAGGCGAUCUACGCUCGUAUGUUCACUUGGCUCAUCAAGCGAGUGAAUCGUACACUUUCAGCAAAUCUGGAUGAGUCGGAGCAUUACAUUGGAGUGCUGGACAUAGCUGGAUUCGAAAUAUUUGACAGCAACUCAUUCGAGCAGCUCUGGAUCAAUUUCGUCAACGAGAAGCUACAGCAAUUCUUUAACCAUCAUAUGUUCGUACUGGAGCAAGAAGAGUAUGAACGAGAAGGCAUUCAAUGGCAGUUCAUCGACUUCGGACUCGAUCUGCAGUCAUGUAUCGAUCUCAUUGAGAAACCUCUCGGUAUCAUCUCCAUGCUAGACGAGGAAUGUAUCGUUCCGAAGGCAACCGAUAUGACCUAUGUUGAUAAACUGACUAAUCAACACCUCGGCAAACAUCCAAACUUUCAAAAGGCAAAGCCACCGAAAGGAAAUCAGGCGCCUGCUCAUUUCGCCGUCGUGCACUAUGCUGGUACUGUUCGAUACAACGCCGAUCAGUGGCUGGAUAAAAACAAGGAUCCGCUGAACGACUCAGCUGUAGCCGUACUGAAGACGUGCGACAAGAGCAGUUUAAUCUAUCAAAUUUGGGAAGACUACAUGACCGAUGUGGACAGAGAGGAGUUCGCUUCACGAGGCAAGGCGCAGGAUCGCAAAAAAGGCAAAUCAGCUUCAUUUCUUACUGUAUCG